UGGCACCUCAUCAUCAGUACAAGAAUGUUGUCUGCCAACUUGGCAAUAGGUAUGCAUUUUGCAGACAGCCCCAUGCCCUAGUCCUGCUAAUCUGUUAGGAGAUCAAUCAAAACUCAGAAUAUGCACUGUGUACAAAACAUUAGAACACCUUUUUCCCCUCAGAACAGCCUCAAUUUGUUGGGGAAUGGACUCUACAUGGUGUCGAAAGCGUUCCACAGGGAAGAUGGCCCAUGUUAACUCCAAUGCUUCCCACAGUUGUGUCAAGUUGGCUGGAUGUCCUUUGGGUGGUGGACCAUUCUUGACACACAGGAAACUGUUGCUCGUGAAAAACCCAGCAGCGUUGAAGUUCUUGACACACUCAAACUGGUGUGCUUGGCACCUACUACCAUACCCGUUCAAAGGCACUUAAAUCUUUUGUCUGGCCCAUUCACCAUUUGAAUGGCAUGCAUACACAAUGUCUCAAUUGUCUCAAGGUUUAAAAAUCCUUAUUUAACCGGUCUACUCCCUUUCAUCUACAGAUUGAAGAGGAUCAAUAAGGGAUCAUAGCUUUCAGCUAGACUCACCUGGUAAGUGAGCAGGUGUUCCUAAUGUUUUGUUCUGUUCUGUAUGCUCAUAUCUAAGGAUGAUCCUGAAAAUAAUGUGUAUGUCAAUCAUACAAUGGAGUGCAGCAGGGGACUCCAGUGUUGAUCCAGGAAUAGCCAAUAUUCUAUGAAUUCUUGUGAAGUCUUUGCUGACAUUGGUUGUUUCACUGUUCUGGUUUCUAUGGUUUUAUCUCACCUUGAACAUAUUUAGAGAGUGAGUCACCAACUGUCCAGCCACCAGCUUGAUGAAAGUCAACAUCAAAGUGUUUUGGAAUCCAUAGCUGUCCGGUCAACAUGAUAAGCCUAUUUGACAGGUUGUUAACAUCACGAUGCCUCUGUCUGUCCUCGGCUGUGUCCUAAACCUUUGGUCUGUUAUUGAAGGUCUGUCGUUAUAAGGAUCCUAAUACUUUGCAGUGGGUACAGAUACCUGACUGGUUCAACCGCUUAUUUAUAGAAGGAAAAUGUGCAUUGCCAGGUCAUUUAUAACAUAGAUCUUAAACUAUACAGUGCAUUUGGAAAGUAUUCAGACCGCUUGACUUUUUCCACAUUGUGUUACGUUACAGCCUUACUCUAAAAUUGAUUAAAUUGUUUUUUUCCCCUCCGACCAGAAAUGUGGAACUACUAAGAAUCUUCCUAGAGCCGGCCUCUUCCUAGAGAUGGGCCUUGAUCAGGGAGGUGACCAUGAACCCGAUGGUCACCCUGACAGAGCUCCAGAGUUCCUCUAUGGAAAUUGGAGAACCUUCCAGAAGUACAACCAUCUCUGAAGCCACUCCUCAGUAAAAGGCACAUAAGCCUGCAUGACUACUUGGAGUUUGCCAAAAGGCACCUAAAGACUCUCAGACCAUGACAAACAAGAUUCUCUGGUCUUAUGAAACCAGGUUUGAACUCUUUGGCCUGAAUAUCAAGCAUCACUUCUGGAGGAAACCUGGCACCAUCCCUACGGUGAAGCACGGUGGUGGUAGCAUCAUGCUGUGGGGAUGUUUUUCAGUAGCAGGAACUGGGAGAUUAGUAAGGAUCGUUGGAGGAAUGAACGGAGCAAAGUAUAGAGAGAUCCUUGAUGAAAACUUGCUCCAGAGCGCUCAGGACCUCAGACUUUGGUGAAGGUUCACCUUCCAACAGGACAACGACCCUAAGCACACAGCCAAGACAACUCAGGAGUGGCUUCGGGACAAGUCUCUGAAUGUCCUUGAGUGGCCUAGCCAGAGCCCGGAAUUGAACCCAAUUGAACAUCUCUGGAGAGACCUGAAAAUAGUUGUGCAGCGACGCUCCCCAUCCAACCUGACAGAGCUUGAGAGGAUCAGCAGAGAUGAAUGGGAGAAACUCCCCAAAUACUGGUGUGCGAAGCCUGUAGCGUCAUACCCAAGAAGACUUGAGGCUGUAAUAGCUGCCAAAAGUGCUUCAACAAAGUACUAAGCAAAGGGUCUAAAUACUUAUGUAAAUAUCGUAUUUCAUUUUUUUAUAAAUUUUUUGGGCAAAAAAAAUGAGUUGUCAAUUUAGGGUGUUGUGUGUAGAUUGAUGAGGGACAUUUUUUUUAAUCCAUUAUAAAAUAAGGCAGUAACGUAACAAAAUGUGGAAAAAGUCAAGGGGUGUGAAUACUUUCCGAAUGCACUGUAUACAUAAAGGCUUUGCCAAAGUCAUGACACAGCUGCAAUUGGAAAACAUGGACUGUCCUCUCUUUUCUCAUGGACUGUUCUCUCUGCUCCCGUCCGGCAGGCGGUACCGGAGCAUCGGGUCUCGGACCAAAAGGUUUAGAGACAGGUUCGUUCCCCAAGCCAUAAGACUUUUCAAUAGACAGCUACCACUGUACUACCUGCACGAAGUCUAUGCUCAUCCACAGGUAUUUAUUAUGGAUCCCCAUUAGCUGCUGUUAUCGUGUGUGUGUGUGUGUGUGUGUGUGUGUGUGUGUGUGUGUGUGUGUGUGUGUGUGUGUGUGUGUGUGUGUGUGUGUGUGUGUGUGUGUGUGUGUGUGUGUGUGUGUGUGUGCCUAUGUUUAUGUCUACCCACUAAGGCACACACGCCUACAGGCACACACUGACACUCUUCUCAUACACACACACACAUGCACCCACACGCAUACACACACAUGCACCCACACUCACAACUCACACCACACACUUACACUCAUCACCAUGCACAGACCCACUCACCACAUACACUACUAUUAUUGUGAUUACUAACUUGAAACACUACAGCGAUUCACACACCAGGAAGGUUUUAACAUGGAACUGCUUGGUGGUAAUUGACACUAUGCAAUACUGUAUGUGCCCUAUAAGGCAUGCGGGAGGUGGGCCUGUAUCUAUGUAUAGCACACUGAAUGGAGGGUGAUUCAACCCCUACAGAUACGUGAGCACUCCUUUUGGCAUGUAUCCAAGGGUGAUGCAAGAGGACAACAAACAAACAACUCCCACCAAAUGAGGCCCUUCUCAGUCUUGGGUGGGUAGGGGCUUUGGGAAGGGGUAGCACCAUGGUUCAUGGAACUCCACCACCCUCUCACCACACUUCUUUAUGAGAGACUGGUGAACUCGAUAAUCAGUGCAUAAAGCUUCUUCCCCGAGCUGCGGUUAUAAAUUACUCUCACUUCAAUUUGUCUAGACAAGAGCUCUAAGACUUUUCCACCAGCUCCUCGGUGCAGAAUGGCCAGCUGUGCUGGGUGGAGACAGUGCAGGGCUAAAAAAGGUUUAUGUUCAGGGCCGGAGUCAGUUCUAUUCCGAAGGUAAAGUCACCCAUGCAGUUCCAAUCCCAACGUGGAUAAUCAUAAUGAGUUUAAAGGGCCCCUCCAGUUAGGUAAUGGAUGGAGUUAAUGGAUGUAUGUAACUUCAUUUCUUUGUAACUGAAUAAACAAGCCUAUUAUACCCCUAAUUAUAAUCAACUGUUCUAGAAGAAGGAUGGUUUUGCAACAAGCUUAUACUGUAUCUCCUCCCUCAUUGUAAUACAAUUUGCCAUGAUGUGAUAUAAUAUAAGCCUUGACAUUUUGACGGUAAGUGAGCCAGUGGAUCCUUAUAGUGGAAUUGUACCUAAUGACCGAUGCAGGACACACAUAACAGGAUGUACAUUACAGUAGAAUGUACUGCUUCUCAAGCCAGGACUGAUAGUAAGAUGAAGCCUAUGCUGUGGAUUCUAGUCAACCAUAAAGGUUGCCCCUUAGGGCACAGUAAAGUCUAGCCUGCAAGACCUUGGUAAGAGAAAACCAGUGGGAUGGUAGCCAUGCUAUUUUCGUUGGCUAGCAUGGAGCAGCUCCUGUGAAAUGUCCAAGUCCAAAGCCUUUGAAAUCCAGCUUGAACCAGCUCUGCCACUCUUAGAAGUUCCUGCCUGUCUGCUGAGAACAGCUGGCACUGGCACAAUGUCCCGGCUGUCACGGUUCACAUGCACAACUUCCAACUCACAAAAUCAUAUGAUAUGAAAAUGGAGUAACCACAGUACCAACUUUACUACAUUUCAAAACAUUGCUUUGGGAUUUGAGCUAAUCAGAUUUCCCAAUAUGAUUGAAGGUCACACAGAUUGAAAGAUCACUGCACUGUAAAGGGCCUUCUUUUUUAAACCAAAACCAUCUGAUCUUUUAAUGCCAUCUAGAGAAAUGGGUUACAUUUCGCAGCAUAGAUUUAUGUCCCUAUGACACAACUGUUGGCCAAGACUGCGCUCCUGCACUGAACUCCCUGAAUGGUUGGAUACUAUUGGCCCAGUGGUUCCUGAACGUCCUGUAUGGCAAGAUACUAUUGGUCCAAUGGGUCCAGGCAAGUGAGUGUAGAUCAGAUGUCAACCAUGUGAUGGGGUUACUGUUUGCUCUAAUAGCAGAGAUGCUACGGUCAAAAUAUUGAUCCUUCCAAAGUUUCAAGACCUGUCACAAUAAGAAUAGAUACAGUAGUUGUUCAAGCAACCAAAAAGUAUGUUAUCCUUUGAUGGCAAAUAAAAUAACUUUUGAAGACCUUGUUUGUCUGCUAUUUUCUUAAUGUCAAAUAACGUGUCCUAAAGUCUCGUACAUUACCUCUGUUGAAAUAGUUCAAGUAUUCAGGUUUUUGUUGUUUUGAGGCGAGAGUUCUUGAACCCUUCAAAGUAACAAAAACAAAAUGUCAAACUAAUUCUGAAAAUCACAUGACUCGACAUGUGACUCUCACACUGUUGACCACCAUGACCAUGUGUCAGUGCUGUCGCUUGUGAAAUUCCAAAAAAGGCUGCCUGACCUGUACCCAAGGGCCACACUUCUACACUGAACUGUAAACAUUUCAUUUCCCUCAACUGGUAAUGACAGUUUGUUCCUCUCCUCUCCUCUGAUGUUGAUCAUGGACAUUUUGAUGUGAUGUGGUAUUAGACAUGUUGGGCAAGCUCCAUAAAGACCCCAAUGUGUUUGUGCUAUGGGGUUAGGGGUGGAGGCAGUGUCAGGGGUCACGUGACCGCAUAGUGGGAGGAGCCUGGCCUGGCAGAGACCACUCCGUUCCAAGCUAAAGUCACUCGAUAUGAGGGAUGACGGGCCCCAAAAUAGCCCUCCAGAGUGUAUAUAGGGACCCUCUCCCACCUGCUCCAUCAGACCACCAGCCUGUACAAAGCCAGAGGAAACUGUAGUGACAUACAAAAGGACUGGAGAAACAAGACAGGAGGCACGAGGGAGAAAUCCAGAGAACCAGAAGGAAAUAAAUAAAUAAAAAGAGGAAGUUUUGUCAGUGAGAAUUGACUUUGGGAAAGUUUUGGUACUCUGCAGAGAUAGUAGCCGUGCUACUCUGGUUGGAAACUCAAGGAUCAGAGGGAAGUGAGAAAAGUCAAGAACGAUAAGCGUGAAAAGGACAAAGGAAAUUGUUUUCCCUGACUGGAUUGCAAAGUAUUCUUGGAUUUCUCCCACCACUCCUCCUGGGCUGAGCGCAUAGGGGGAGGAAGAACCGUGUUGACCGCAGGGAUGAAGUAUAGCUACCAGCUACCAGUGUCAUCGUACACCACGCGAUAUAGUCAGUACACACCAAUGACUUACACACCAACACACUACACCCCCACCAAUUACACACCUACGCACUACACCCCCAGCAAUUACACACCUACGCACUACACCCCCACCAAUUACACACCUACGCACUACACCCCCACCAAAUACACACCCACUUCAUAUACCCCAACAAAGUACAGCUCAACUCACUACACCCCCACAAGCUACUCCACAUCACUUUACACACCUACACACAAAACCAGUUCCAGUUACACCCCUUCGUACAGCAAAGGAACACGCUACAGUGCUGCUACAUGUCGCACAGCACACAUACCUGCACAGCAGACUCCUGCACCUCUACCACUCAAGCCAGUCCGGGCUGUACACUUCUCCAAUGAUAUUAUCUUCCAGGACCUUGUCCGACAUGGUGAGAUGGAGCAGAUUGGACGCUUUAUGAGAGCGAAGAAAGUACGUCUGCAUACCCUCUUCCCAUCUGGUAUGGCAGCACUCCAUGAGGCCGUACUCACAGGGAACCUGGAUUGCGUGAAGCUGCUGGUGAAAUAUGGAGCUGAUGUCCACCAGAGAGAUGAGGACGGCUGGACACCGCUGCACAUGGCCUGCAGUGAUGGCUUCCCCGAAAUCGCCAGCUACCUGCUCUCUCUUGGUGCCAGUGCAUUUGCAGAGAACAAGAAUGGGGAAAAGCCAGCGGACCUCAUUGACCCAGACUGUAAGGAGCUGGUAAAUCUAUUUGAGGCAGGCUGUGUGUAACUCACUGGCCACCUAUAGAACAGGACCUGAAGGAGCUUGAUGUGAACAGAUGGACAGUGUACCCUGGUCCUGAGACUAGCUUCUUGGAAUGGAAAAGCCCAGCCAGAGAGAAGGAGAAAGACUGUGACAAGGGACCAGGCCACUUUUCCUGCUACAGAGCACUUGUAGCCUAUUCUUUGCUAAAUGCAUAAUUGUGACUCACAAUGCUUUUUGGAGAGGUUUUGUGUAUCAAGUUGGACAAUGCUUUGUAAAGGUUAUUAUUUUUUGUAUCUUUUUCAUUCUUUGCUUAAAAGAAGUUGGCUAAUUUUUGUUUGGUGCUUUUCCACAAAAACACGCAAACCAGUCUUGUCACUUUAGUUGUCACAAUUACAUCUCAGGCUGUUCAUAGCACCAGCAGCUUUCAGUUUCCCAGAUCAUGUAGCACCACAUACCAAAAAAUACAGUGUGACACACCACAGUAAACAGUUGUUAUUUAAUCUGUGUAAUGAAUCAAUAGGGUAUGUCUUCAUUCUGAUUACCCAAUGAGAUCAUCCAGCCCAAUUCUGUGAUCAAUCUUAUAAAAAUAUGACUGUUCAUUGCUUGAAUUUUCCACAAAACUACGCAGCAUUGAGGAUAGUUCCUGCAUAUGGGCAGAGACUAUUUUCAACUCACUGCUUCCAAAAUACAGAUAGAGUACAGACUGUAUUUGGCAUUGUUCUCUGCAUUUAGCCUGUAUGUUUAUGGCUUGGGAAAAGUUGUGUGUAUCCUCUCUGCUGAGCAGAGAGAGGGCGUCAAUAACAAUUCACAUCAAAAAUUACAUUUCAUUUGGUAGGCCAGAGAUCAUUGGAAAAUAGCUACUAUGCCAUACAUGCACUGGUGCUGCUGUUUUGGCAUUUUUCCUAUUAUGCUUGGCAGUUGUUAUUUUCUGAAAUAGUUAACAGUGUUGCUGAAAGUGUAAGUGGUAUUCUGCCCAUUUCAACUAAUCUAAUGAAUUUCACCAAUGAAAGUCUUAUUUUUUACAAAAUAUUUUCCUAAAUAAAGGUGCUUUUUAUAAA